GCUCUCCCUCAUACCUCCCUCCGCUCUCUAACUUUCUUUCGCCUCUGAAAUAGUAAUAAUAAUCAUUUUCUUGAAAAAACCCCGCUAGGACCACAUCUUUUUCUUUACUCUUCCUAACAUCCCAGUGGAGGACAUGACCGCCGUGAGGACGGGGAUCUGCCAGCGCUGCUUCUGACAGCUGAGCUCCUUCGGCAAUGCCACAGUCCAAUCUCUGAUGAGACGAUGAGAACCCACACCCGCGGGGCGCCCACAGUCUUCUUCAUAAGUCUGCUGUGGCCCCUGCUUGCUCCAGCGGCGGCGGCGGAUGUGGACCCCGGCGGAGGAAUCCCCUUCAUGGGAGGCAACUACGAUGGUCACCCCAUGCUGUACUUCAGUCGCGGCAAUGUGGAGGAGCUGCAGUACGCCGCGGCGGGGACUCACCGGGAGAUGGCGAGGAGGAUCCGCGAGGCUGGGGAAGCCAUGCUGGAGCACCCGGAGGAGUACCUGCCCCCCUGGAGCCCCGCUGAGUUUAGCGCCCGCUGGAAUGAGGUUUAUGGGAACAACCUGGGAGUGCUGUCCAUGUUCUGUUUGCUGUACCCGCACCGGGCCGGAGCCCUCGACCUGGCCAAGGACUACAUGGAGAGGAUGGCGGCUCAGCCUAGUUGGCUGGUCAAAGACGCCCCCUGGGAUGAAGUUCCUCUGGCCCACUCUUUGGUCGGGUUUGCCACCGCUUACGACUUCCUGUAUGAGUACUUGAACAAGGGCCAACAGGAGCGUUUCCUGCAGGUGAUCGGCAAUGCGUCACGCCUGAUGUACGAGAAGUCCUACGUCCGGGGCUGGGGGUUCCAGUACCUGCACAACCAUCAGCCCACCAACUGUGUGGCUCUGCUCACAGGAAGUCUGGUUUACAUGACCCAAGGUUAUCUGCAGGAGGCCUACCUGUGGACCAAGCAGGCUCUGUCCAUCAUGGAGAAGUCCAUGGUCCUUCUGCAGGAUGUGACAGACGGCUCUCUGUAUGAGGGAGUGGCCUACGGGACGUACACCACCCGUUCUCUGUUUCAGUACAUGUUCCUGGUGCAGCGCCACUUCGCCAUCAGCCACUUCGACCACCCCUGGCUGCUGAAACACUUUGCCUUCCUGUACAGGACCAUCCUGCCUGGAUUUCAGCGAACUGUAGCCAUUGCAGAUUCCAACUACAACUGGUUCUACGGACCAGAGAGCCAGCUGGUCUUCUUGGACCGCUAUGUGCUGCGUAAUGGCAGUGGAAACUGGCUGGCAGAUCUGAUUCAUCAGAACAGGGUGAUGGAAGGGCCAGGGCAGGCUGGGAAAGGCCAGCGAUGGUGUACUCUCCACACUGAGUUCAUCUGGUAUGACCCAGGACUGAUCUCCAAACCUCCGUCAGAUUUUGGAACAUCGCAGCUCCACUACUUCGAGGACUGGGGCGUGGUGACGUAUGGCAGCGCUCUGCCUGCCAACACCAACUGUACCUUUCUCUCCUUCAAGUCGGGGAAGCUGGGCGGACGCGCCAUCUUUGACAUCGUUCACAGGAACAAGUACAAAGAGUGGAUCAAAGGCUGGAGGAACUUCAACGCUGGCCACGAACACCCCGAUCAGAACACUUUCACCUUCGCACCCAAUGGCGUCCCGUUCAUCACCGAGGCACUGUACGGACCCAAGUACACUCUGUUGAACAAUGCGGUGUUGUUUGGCUCCGCCUUCUCAGGGAGUUGCUUUAAGCCGUGGGCGGGACAAGUCACAGAAGCCUGCGACUCCAAGUGGUUGAAGUACAAGGUGGGGCUUGCGGCUGACGCUCAGGGCAGAGUGGAAGCUGCUAUGGAGAGAGAGGGAAUGGUCUUCAUCAGAGGUGAGGGGCAUUCUGCUUACAAUCCAGAACUGAAGAUCAGGAACUUUCAGAGGAACCUACUACUUCUUCACCCACAGAUCCUGCUUCUCGUGGACCACAUCCACCUAGAUCCAGACAGCCCAGUCAGGACCAUGAGUGCCUUCUUUCACAACACGGAGCUGCCCUUUCAGAGCACAAAGGUAGACGGUGUUCAUGGAGCGUUUGUGUCACAUGGGAAGGAUGAAUAUAAGAUGUUCUGGAUGGAUGACACGAGCUACAGUAACAAAGGGGUGGUGGGUUACUGGAACUACCCUCGAGGGUACCCGUAUAAUGGCUCUAACUAUGUGAACGUCACAAUGCCGUUGAGGUAUCCUCACACCAGGGUGGCGUACAUUUUCUUUGGUCCAGGCGUGGAUGUGCAGAGCUUCAGCCUGCGUAGCGAUGAUCAGAGGGUGGAUAUUUACCUGGCCACCAAGGACCACACCUACACCAUCUACCUGCUGACCGGGGAGAUCACCAGCAAACCUCUGUUCGCCAUGGUGCUGCAGGACCACAAGAAAAUCGUAUUUGAGAAGGCAGCGGCCGUGGUAGACAGCUCGCCAGAGGAAGUGGAGGAAUACGUCAAUGUGAUGGAGGACAACCUCCAGCACGUCAAGCCCGUCUUCCAGCAGAUGGAGAGGCACAUCCUGGGACGGGUUCUCAACACUGCCAGCUUCCGUAAGACUGCAGAACGCCUCCUCCAGUUCUCCGACAAGAAGAAGACGGAGGAGGUAAUCGAGAAGAUGUUCGCUAUGUCCAAGAAACAGAGCAAGGGCAAAGGAGGGAAGAAAGUGAACCUUGGGGAGAAGCUCUCUGAGAGUAUGCCUGACAUUUUUGCACAGAUUGAGGUAAAUGAGAAGAAGGAGAGACAGAGGACUUCAAAGCGAACUUAUGAGGACAGUCCGGAGGAGGGGGACGCAGACUCGCGGGCCUUUAUGGAUUAUACAGAUGGCCGCAAGAAUAGAAAGGGCGGCUUUAUCAAGGGCCGCAAAUUCAAAGAGAUUCACAUGGUGGCCACAGCAGGGAGCGAGAGUCUCCCCAGCACAGCUUCCUACAUUAGACUGUUUCUCCUCCUGAACACUGCCACCUUCUUUUUACUGCUGGCUGUGCUGCUGACUCGCUUUCAGAGGGGUCGGAGUCUGCACACGCAGAGAUGUUUCUACACAAUCCUCCUGAUCGACUGCUUCAUCCUACUGUACCUCUAUUCCUCCUGCUCUCACAGCCAGUGCUAACAUCGUGAGCGUGCGAGAGGUCGUCCAUCUUACAGAUCACAUGACCUGUUGUUCACGGUGAACUGAAUGUGCCUCACACCUCACUCUGAGCCAGGUCUUAUGACAGAGUACGAGGGCCACUGUUUCAAAAACUGUCUUGAGAUUUCAAGAACAAAAUGUUACAAGAAUAAAGGCGUAAUUUUACAAGAAAGAAAGUCACAAUAUCUUAAGAGUAAAGUCCUAAUGUUGGAUAUGCUUGUAUAAAUACUUAGCUCAGUCAUGCUGCUUGUCAAAAGGAUGUAAAAUUAAGCAAAAGAAAAAGCAUCAUGCAUCGGGUUGUUAUAUUUUUACUUGCAAAUUAUGUUAAUGUGUAAUAUUGCAACUUUUGUUCUCGUAAUAUUACAACUUCUACUUACAGUUCAUAAACAUUCAUCCUAUAACAUUAUGCCUUCAUCUCAUAGCGUUUUUCAUAAUAGAAUAGCUCUCAACCGAUAUAUCUCUCAGCUGCUGAUCUCCUAUCAGGAAGGCAUCAGUUUGUAUGCGCAGAUUUUAAAAAAAAACCUUUCAGUGCAUAAUACUGAAAAAUAUGCUUGUGAAAAUGUAGAAAUUGGGUCAUCAUGUAGUUUGUCCAGCAUCAUGUGCUCUGACUCCAUUCUUUACAACACUCCGCCCCGUCUGCAGCACAUGUAGCAGAGUAAGCAUCACAGCUCAACAGAUGGGCUCUCUUCAUUAUAUUAUGACUUUUAUUCUCUUAAUAUUGUGACUUCUAUCGCACAAUACUACAACUUUUACACUUGUAUUAUGCCUCGUAAUAUUACUACUUUUAUUCUUGUAAUAUCGUGACUUCUAUGCUCUUAAGGAAUCUUCUGAUAAUGACUUUUUCUCAGAAAUGUUUCUUCACAUAUAAUAACAUGAAUAUGAUUUUCAUAAUAGGAACUUUAUUUUAUAUUAUUAUAUAUGCCUUUGACAGUUAUGACUUAUUUUUGAAGAUUAUUGACUUUAAAUUAUAGCUUGAUCCUUGUAAUAUAAUUUUUAUUCUUGUAAUUUUGAGAAAGUCAAAUUACUGGCUUAUUUUUAUAAUAUAGUGAUUUUUUGGGAAUAUUUGUCCAGAAAUUCCAGCUUCAAUAUUAGGAUUUUUUUCCCAAUUUGAAUUAGUGUAUUUAUACAGCCCAAACUCCUUAAUGACACAAAUCUAUUCAUCAGGACUUUAUUCUUGUAAUUACUGUAUUCUUGAAAUGUCUUGACUGUUUUUCUAACAGUGGCCUUAAUACUGCUAAGAUCUACUUAACGGGUGCUUGUUCAGGAAAAAAAAAAAACAAGUGAUUCCAAAUAGGAAUUGAUGAAUUGCUGAGAUGAAACCAGACAACCUCUGAUGUAAUAAGCUUCUGUGGAGCUUUCGAAACUGAGUCUGUGUGAAGUUUGUCCUUUGCAGUGUUCAGAGGUCCUGCCUCGUAUCGAAGAUCUCAAGGUUCGCCACUAUAGCACCGUCGCCACAUCUGUACUUGAGAUUUGUCCUGUUCUACAUAGUUCAUAGUGACACAUUUAAAUGUAUAUAUGUUAAAGCAAGAUAUAUUUUUUAUGGUCUCUGUGUUUUUUUUUUUACCAUUUGUAAAUAAAUUUACAACAUGCA